ACUGAGAUUAUCAGAAUGGGAACAGAUGAGAAAAGCAACCCAAGCCUGGUUCCUAACAAUCAGAGCCAGGCAGGGAAGCCUGGAGGAGAGAAGAGCCCAGACCCAGCUCAGGAAAAGGAGACAUGGAGAAGAAUAAAGGGCAGAAGGGAAAGCUCAAGGCAGGCCAACGGGAGGAUUCCCAUACUUGUUGUGGCUGCUGUUUUCCUUUACUGAUUGCUUUAUUGCAGCUGAUUUUAGGCAUUUCCAUAGCAGUGGUGGCCUUUCUAAUGACAGGCAUCAGCUCCUAUUUGCUGACCAGAGAGACUCCACACUGGGCUGGGAUAAUUGUCUGUUUGGUCUCCUUAUUAGGCUUUUACUUGUAUUGCGUAACAUACCUGCCUGAUGAGGGGACGUCUAUACAAUUUAUUGCCAAGUUGGUCUACUUCUUGCUAUGUGCCAUUGGGCUAAUCAUAUGUGUCUUAGCAGUGGCUUUUGCAGGACAUCAUUAUUCUCAAAUCAACGACUUCACCUGCGAACCCACAGGUGAGAUGGAAUCAUGUGUGUGCAAGCUAGACCCAAUGGACCUGAUCACCAGGACCUUUGAAUACAGAGAUGUGAAGGACUGCUCCACAGUCACCACCACCCUCAAGCUCUACUUCCUUCUGCAGGUUGUUUUGAACCUGACCCUGGCCAUUGUCUGUCUGAUCGGAUGUUUUGUGAUGUGGAAACACAGGUACCAGGUGUUCUUCGUAGGCCUUCAGCUCAACUCAGCCAAUGAGCAUAAGCAGCAGAAUGUGCAACCUAUUUAAUGCUCUCUCACCACUGGUCCUUAUAAAUGAAUUUCCAUUCUGCAAGAUAACAUCAAAUUAUUUGUGGCUUACUGAUCAAUAAGUAAAGAAACCUUCCGAUGACUCCACAAGCAAGCUGAAGAUGAAGAAUCUAAUGACUGGGGUGGUUAUAGGCCUGGGGGAGGGGGGGUAACUAAAUACUAAAAGGUUACUGCAUCAGAAAAGAAGAAGAAGUAGUUCAGAAGUUCAGUCAAGGGUAACAGUUGAUGAGUAACACUACCAGCAGCUUUUAACGUACAGGUAGGCCGAUUGUGCAGGAAUGUUGGUAUUAAACUAACUGCUCUUUGAUCAUAAGUUUUUAAAAUCCCAGUUACUACAUUAACAAAUUUAUCAAUAGGCCUAAAAACUUAUUUCCUUUAUUUAUCUUUUGGAAAAAAGCCUGUGCCAGUUAUAUGAUCUUAGGCAAAUAAGAGCAUUACUGUGUAGUUACCAUAUAUAACAGGAGGAUCCUGCUUUCUCAAAUCAAAUAGUAGAAUUUACAAAUAAUAUUCUAGGUUAUAUACCAAAUUCAUAAAUAUAAAGAAAAACUCUUAGUCCAGUAGACAACAUGUCAACAUUGUAAAAUGUGUUACUGCCUACUGGACAAAUACCUUUCUUUAGUUUUAUUAAUAUUUAUAAUACUGUAACCAAAUUUAUGACAAUGGCCUAGUCUAUUUGCACAGUGGAUCUGCACUGUUUCUUUUGUCUUCUUUUUUAUAUUUGAUUUGUAUCCAGUUUUCUUGUUUGAAAUUCAGACAUUUCAAACUCACUGAAUGUGUUGAAGAAUAUUAAUUCAUACUUUUCUGAUAGCUUGUUUUUUAUUCCUUCAGAAGGAUU